AUGUCAUCCCGAAGUAGAGCAUUGUUAAUUAACGUUUCAUUUGCGAGGGAUCAGGAAGAGGAUGCUUCCAACAUGGUGAUGAUGAAGACGAAUACUCACUUCUCCACGCCAAAUAUUCAAAUAGAAGAUUCUGAUGAGGAAAUUUCUCCCUUAACUUCAUCCUCUUCAGCAAGUAAUUCAACAGGUUCUCUCACGUGUUGUGGUCAUUUGGGAGGCUCUGAAAUGGAUGAAUUGUCUGUUCAAGAUGAUCACUCUCAAAGUAUUUCAUCUCUCUUUACACGACUUGGUUUGAAUCUCUCUCGAAAACCUUCAAGAGAAUGUUCCUUUUCACAAGAAUUGAAUUCAUCUUCCUCCUCUUUCAACCUGUCAAACUCUUCAUAUAGAAAUACUGACUCCAACACCUUGUCAACCACUCCUUCCAUAAACUCAUCUUCCUCCUUUCCUCUCCUUCUUGCUCCUUCCAAUAAAAGUCAAAACAGCAUGAUGGUGUUUUCAACACCUUCUCCCAGCUCAGAAGAUAACGAAUCACAAGUGAGAGAUAUUUUGAGUUCGAUAUCUUCGCGGUUUCACAACGCAAAGAAAACCUCAAACUGUAUCAUAAAACCAAAGAAGAUGAAAUCGAAAAGGUUUACCAAAUCCUUUGAGGGUCAUUCUUCGAGCAACAAGUACUAA